GGGUAAACACCUGAGUGUUAAUUGUGCAUAGUUGUAGUUGUUACUAUCACAGCGAGUCACGUCACAUUGCCCAAAAUGGCAAACGGCUAGCAAUUUCCCCCCCAAAAAAACAGACGACUUCAUUUCGACCUUGAACUCUUCCCAGCACUUCAACAAGUACUGCAAUCCCCAUCACACAUGGCUACCGCUCAAACUUCCUAUGUAUGUCUCAAUUGCAGAAUCUCCAGCGGACUACGACUACCUCGUUCUCUCCGUCGCGGUUUUACCACCUCCCUCCGUCGCUCGGAUAACCUUCGACCCGCAACAGCACCCAAGCAGACUCCGGAUAUCAGACACAUCCGAGACAAUGCGGAGCUAUACGCGAAGAACUGCAUCGAGCGCAAUUACGCGUCUCAUGCAGAAUUUCCAAAGAGGAUACAGGAUCUAGCCGAGGAGGCCCGACGACUGGACCACGACCUCAAAGCUCCGCGGACUCGAAUGAAGCAGUUGCAAAAGUCCAUUACAAAAUUGGUCUCUGAGAAAGGAGAAAAUGGUGCUACAGCUGCUCUUACGGAGGACAGUAAUGUGGAUGAAAAAGGUCUAGCGUCUCUCCGACAAGAAGCACAGCGAUUGAAAGACGAAUCCUACCAGAUGACCACGCGAAGAGAAGAAUGCGCGGAAGAAAUCCACCGUCUGGCUCUGUCUCUGCCGAAUCUGUCAUCGCCCGAGACGCCCAUUGGUAAUGACCCGAGAUUAGUCGGAUACGUUAAUUUCGAUCCGAAUUCGCCUCCCGCGUGGACGUCGAAUAUUGACGCGGCACGACGACGCUCGCACGUCGCCAUCGGCGCGUCUCUGGGACUCAUUGAUUUUGCGUCGUCCGCUACAACGACCGGGUGGGGCUGGUAUUUUCUCACGAAUGAGGGCGCGUUGCUGGAACAGGCUCUCAUCCAGUAUGCGCUGAGCGUCGCACGUCGGCGCGGGUGGAAGGUCGUGUCCCCGCCGUCUGUCGUAUACUCGUACAUCGCCGAGGCGUGUGGGUUUCAGCCCCGUGACCAGAAUAACGAGCAGCAGGUUUGGUCCAUCGAGCAGAGCGAGAAGGAUAAAGCAAAGCCCCAGCGGUCGCUGACGGGGACCGCUGAAAUUCCACUGGCCGCUAUGUACGCUGGCAGGGAUAUCGACGCGUCUGAGCUUCCUGUUAAACUCGUAGCGUCGAGUCGGUGCUAUCGCGCUGAGGCUGGAGCUCGUGGCGUGGAUACAAAGGGCCUCUAUCGCGUUCACGAAUUUACCAAAGUGGAACUGUUUGGCUGGGCGGAUAACCUUCCUUUGACCCAGGAAGAGCAACAGCAAGGACAGACGACAUCAGACACCCUCUUCUCAGAACUGCUGGAGAUCCAAACCGAAAUCCUCACCUCGCUCAAUCUCCCCUGCCGAAUCCUCGAAAUGCCCACCACGGAUCUCGGUGCCUCCGCAGCCCGGAAACGCGACAUCGAAGCCUUAUUCCCCUCUCGCCUUCACGCGGGCAACAACCCCACCACCACGGAUCUAGAAAUGGCAUGGGGUGAAGUCACCUCCGCGUCUAUCUGCACGGACUACCAGACCCGCCGUCUGGGUACUAGGGCCCGUGGAGGUGCGGUGAAAGGGUCCCGGUUCCCUCACACCGUCAACGGAACCGCCAUUGCCGUUCCGAGAGUUCUGGCCGCUAUCCUGGAGAAUGGCUGGGAUGAGAAUCGGGGUCUUGUUGUCGUCCCUGAGGUGCUGAGAACCUGGAUGGGUAUGGAUGUUAUUGGGGAUGGGCGACGUUCGUAGAUUCGGAACAACUUCUUGGUAUAACUGGAUUUUGCUGUACUAUAUGUGGCCAUGUUGUACUAUAGCCAUAUUUCGUAUUGUAUUUUUCUCAACCCACUUAGAUGUUGUAUUGAAUGUGUUCAAGAGAUCAACUAUCAGAGAACCAGAUUAACCGAACCAGAAAAGAGCAUCAUUAUUCAUAUUACAUGUCAUAAAUCAUGGGCGCAUGGCAGAAACAUCAGGACAAACAACAGUCAUCAGAGUAGAAAAGAAAAAAAAAAGAGAAAUCGGACUAGAAAUUCAACCACUCGCCAUAGUCAUCGAAAGUAAUUGAGCAGUGAAAAGGAUCAUAUAACAUAACCAUAUGUUAGGGUAUCAAAAAUUUCGGCAUAAAGAAGCAUUAAAAUGAAACGGCAAAAAAAAAAAAAAAAAAAAAAAACACCAGAAACAGAAUAAAAAAGUGAAAAAGAAAGAUCAUCAAUCCCAAGGGAGAUCCUCAUCUUCGACUCUUGUGCAAGUCAAAUACGGCGGACCGUUGAUUACGGCAUCGCCUAUUCGGUAGCUACCAAGCUCGCCGCCUUUCAGAUCCAAUUCAAGGAAGUUUCUCAAGAGCGGUUUGACGAUCUCGCGUGCCAGCCGUUUGAUUUCGUCCAUUUUUCGUUCGAACCGUUUCAACACGUCUCGCGUAUAUAGACAAUCUGACGAUGACGUGGGGUGUACUUUGAGGAAUCUUUUCAGUUCGUCGUGAGGUAGAUACGCUUGUGUUGAAGGCGAGCCGAUGAGGCGGUAGAUCGACGCAGGUGGUACUGGUACAGAGGAGCUGACGGUGGUGGGAGGCGUUCCCAAUGUCGAAGACCCGGAGGCUUGAGAACGUUGACUUGGAGCACGUGGGGAACGGCCGCUAUGGGAUGCGGAGUUUGUAUUGUUAGACGUCUUGAGAAUUGGGGCCGGUGGAGGUGUGGUGCUGUCGACCAGCCACUGCCGGAAUAAGGAGACAGCUAGCCAGUCAAGGUAUGCAUUGUUAGGAUUGACGCGCUCCCCACGGGAUGUGGUAAGUGUCAGGCGAAAGAGCUUUGAUUCCACGCGCGCUUUGAGGUCUUCCAAGUCCUCAACCUUGUCUUCGAUGAGAUCAAGCAC